AUGUCCCAUCAAACCCACCACCCACCAGCGCCUACAUCGCGACGCCAUCCAUUCACAAAUGCUAUCAAUCAGCCUCUAGUCCAGCAAGUGCCCGGAACACCUCCCAAGCCACAACAGAAGGCUAAACAGCCUUCAUCUCCGCCUUUGCCGAGACAGAAUAGCAAAACAACGCCUCCUUCUCCCCCUAAGAUAAUCACCGAUGCAGGUCGAUCACUACAGUUUCAACGUGUUGGCUUUUUGGGCGAGGGCGGGUUUGCUCGUGUAUACGAAGUCAAGGAUGUCCGAGGCACAAGACUUGCCUGUAAGGUCGUUACCAAGGAUUCUCUCAAGACUAAAAAGGCCAAAACUAAACUCUAUGCAGAAAUCAAGAUUCAUCGUUUUUUGGCGCACCCCAAUAUCGUUCGUUUCCAAGAUUGCUUUGAAGAUGACCAGAACGUCUACAUGACCCUCGAACUCUGUCAAAGUGGCUCUCUCAUGGAUAUGCUCCGCCGGCGCCGCCGAUUCCAAGAAGCUGAAGCCCGAUAUUUUAUGACCCAGCUCAUUGGUGCAUGCCACUACAUGCACACUCACCAGGUCAUUCAUCGAGAUCUUAAGCUGGGCAACUUGUUCCUAGAUAUCAAUAUGAACAUCAAAGUAGGCGACUUUGGCCUUGCUGCCCUUAUUGAGAAUCCAGGAGAGAGAAAGAAGACGAUUUGCGGAACACCAAAUUAUAUUGCUCCAGAGGUGCUAUUCGACACUGCGAAUGGCCAUAGCUUCGAGGUUGACACAUGGUCGAUCGGAGUGAUAUUGUAUACCCUCGUGGUAGGCCGCCCACCAUUCCAGACUAAGGAUGUCAAAGACAUAUACAAGAGGAUUCGUGAUAAUGUUUACGAAUUUCCAUCCGAGCGCACUCCAUCGCACGACGCUCGUGACCUGAUUCAACAAAUCCUCACGCCCGAUCCGCAACAACGCCCCACCUUGCACGAAAUUGUUGACCAUCCCUUCUUUACGAUGGGUAUCGUCCCUGCAUUUAUUCCCCAGUCUGCACAUGACUCCAUUCCAGAUUAUCGAUUCGUUACUCGAGCGGAGUCUGUAAUCAAUUUCCAGAAGCUCAAGAAGAGUGUCCUCUUGGACGACGACGUAAUGGAUAUAUCGGUCCCGACAGUACAGGAGGAAGUGGAAGUCAACACAAACAAGGCGAAGAACACUAUAACUUCGAGCAUUGCCCAGCAAGAAAAGGAAUUCCAAAAGGCAGUACAGCCUGGAAGCCCUAUAUCUGCACUGUUGAGUUCCGCGAGGCAGCCCUUGCUUAUGUCCACCAGUGGAACCAAGGAAUCGCCGUUAUUCAGGAAAUUGCAGGCGGCCAAGAAGGAUAUAAAAUCUCCUGUUCGUGGGGUUAGAAGUACCAGAGGAUUGCAGGAUAUUGCGGAGGAAGAUAUGAUACAGCAGAAGGGACAACGAGAGAGAAACCAGGAUGAAGUAAGACAGAAGGAACUUGAAUCGCAGAAGGCGAGGAUUGUUGCCCAGAUGGCACCUGGAAGCGCUCUAGGGACUACCUUCCCUACUGACGAGCAAGAGAACCUUCCUCCUCUUAAAAAGGAAAGCAAAGGGAAAGAAAGGGUCAAAGAAGUAUUCAAAGACAUCGCUACAGAAUUGCCCACCACUUCUCCAACUCCCAAGUUGAACGGCUUCGACGCUGCGGCACAUACUUUGACUCUUGCGUUUGAUGCUUUGGAUUCCAAUAAGUUGUUCAGGGACCCACGCGAGGACAUUAACAUCCCCGAUGAAAGAGUUUUCAUCGUGUCUUGGGUCGAUUACUGUAACAAGUACGGAAUGGGCUACGCCCUCACUGAUGGUUCUGUUGGUGUACAUUUCAACGAUAGUACGACACUAGUUUUAUCAGCCGACAAGCAUCAUUUCGAUUUUAUCUCUUCUCGAAGGCAUGGGACGAUCUACGUCAGGAAGAACUAUACUGUGUCGGAAUAUCCCGAAGACUUGAAGAACAAAGUUUACUUGUUGAAGCAUUUCGAGCGUUACAUUAUGGACAGGCUAUAUGGUGAAUAUGAAUACACAUUUGAAGACGUCGACCGAGCGAAAGGAAUGGAUUUCGUGCAAAAGUACCUGCGCAUGAAGCACGUUAUUGUCUUUAAGAUGAGUCACGAUGUCUUACAGUUUAAUUUUUACGACCACUCAAAAGUUAUCCUCUCCUCCCACGGCCUCUUAGUGACUCAUAUCGACAAGAAUUACAAGCUUUCCCGGUGGACGCUGAGUGAAAUCAUGGCACAGGCCUUGAAGUCACCUGCUGCCGACUCGGAUCAGGCUAAAUUUCACCAGCGGCUGGUGGAUAAGCUCAAAUAUUGCAAGGAGGUACUGACAUCUAUCCGAAACGUUAGUCAAACUGCUGGGGAGGCUGGCGGUGAGGAAGAUGGUACGAUGGGGAUGGGACUUAUUAGCGCGAAGACUUCAAAGGUUUCUCUCCGAUAAAGGACUUCGCGAGAUAGAUGACAUUAGGUCACCAAUUCUCAAUCAUACAUGCUCAUGGACCCAUAGCGACAUGCAAGGCAGCGUGUUUCUUGAAUUCUCCACAAUAGUCACCGUGUUGUCAAUGUUUCAUUUUACUCUUUUAUAGCUUGGUGCCGUCGUCGUAGCAUGCAUUCC